AUGAUCAUUACGCGAUACAACAAGAGUCGAGAGCUCGCCUACUCUGACAACAUGUUUACUGGCGAGCUUUAUGGACAGGAUGCACGUCUUGCUUGUAUAGAGCGAUUGUUUAUCGAGCGUGGCGUUCCCAUGACUGGCAAGAAAAUACAUCGUAUCUUUGCCCGGGCUUAUGCCCAAAAAGUGGAUCCCCCUUUGUCAUUUGCCGAUCACCACCACGUUGCAAUUGCAUUUGCCCGACAGCUGAUCGGUGCAAAAAUGACACUACAACAUAUCGGCGAGGAGGAGCUUGACCCUAUCAUGGCGCAAAAGUAUUUUGAAGUGAGCAGAAAAUGGCACGCUGUUUUGGGCAUGGGGAAUGACAAGUCCAAGGAUCUAUCCGACCCAUUGCAUCGUCGCACGCAAGCUAUAAAAUAUGUCAACUAA